AUGUAUACCGCUCGCUCCUUCUCAGCCGCGGCACUCGGACUGACGAUCCACUGGUAUUUUCAAGGCUCUGAAAAUUACCCCGCCCUCUUUCCCAUGAAGCGGCGUCUUACCACUUCCAAAUCAACUCAGCAUCAGACUGUAACCGUUCACAGCGAAACCGUAGACGAUUUCCAGACCGGACGACGAGGGAAGAAAUUACUCGCGCCCCUUUUCUUCGACCUUCUCAUUAUGAUCAUUAUCCUCUCUCAGUUCACCGCCUUCGAUCACCAUCAGCCUGUGGCGAUAUCAGAUUCGAACAAUAGAUCCCCUCUCUUAUGGCCGCGUGGUACUACCAAAAACCCCGCCUUACACAUAAAACGGCGCUCAGUCAUUUUCGAUCCCGAUUCCGUAUCUGGCUCGAAAUACUGCAUCCGACACCUGACGAGACGAAAGCCAGCCCAUAUGUCUCUUUCUCAUUUCUACUCGUAUAAAGGGAAUCGCUACCGCAACUAUCAUGAACAUCGUUUCUAUCCCGCUUACAUAUCAACCGCGAGUUCCAAUACUAAUCGUCCUCUCCUUUUCCAUUAUGGAUCCGAAUGGUUGACAACCUCCAUUGCACCGUCCUUUCCUGGCCCAACCCAUCAGUUUCUGCGAUCAACCUGCAGGAAAGAGAGACAUAUUACACUGCAACUAUGCUCCUUCCCAGCCCUUCACCACAGUGAACUCAUUCUGUCCGCACCUGCACUUCCAAAACCCAACGACACGUUUCACGGCAGAUUACCUGCUCCGAACGGCGUGCGCUCUGACACGAACUCGCUGUAUUGCCCCAACGUUUCAU